AUGGAAGAGUUUUCAGAAGAACACAAAGAUCCCUUCAAUGAAGUCAUGAUGGAGCCAUUAGAAUGUGGGAAAUCUUUCACUCGGAAAGGAACCCUUGUUAUACACCAGAGAAGUCACACGGGUGAGCAUCUUUAUUCAUGUUCAGAGUGCGGGAAAUCAUUCACUGAGAAAGGAACCCUUGUAAAACACCAGAGAAUUCACACGGGUGAGCGUCCUUAUUCAUGUUCAGAGUGCGGGAAAUCAUUCAUUCAUAAAGAAGACCUUGUUAAACACCAGAGAAUUCACACUGAUGAACGUCAUUAUUCAUGUUCAGAGUGCGAGAAAUCUUUCAUUUAUAAAGGAGAACUUGUUAUACACCAGAGAAUACACACAGGUGAGCGUCCUUAUUCAUGUUCAGAAUGUGGGAAAUCAUUCAUUCAUAAAGGAGAACUUGUUAUACACCAGAGAAUACACACAGGUGAGCGUCCUUAUUCAUGUUCAGAAUGUGGGAAAUCUUUCAUUCAUAAAGGAGAUCUUGUUAUACACCAGAGAAUUCACACGGGUGAACGUCCUUAUUCAUGUUCAGAGUGCGGGAAAUCAUUUAUUCGUAAAAGAGCCCUUGUUAUACACCAGAGAAUUCACACAGGUGAGCGUCCUUAUUCAUGUUCAGAGUGCGGGAAAUCUUUCACUUAUAAAGGAGCCCUUGUUAAACACCAGAUCAUUCACACUGGUGAGUGUCCAUAUUCAUGUUCAGAGUGCGGAAAAUUAUUUAUUCAUAAAGGAGUCCUUGUUAUACACCAGAGAAUUCACACUGGUGAGCGUCCUUAUUCAUGUUCAGAGUGCGGGAAAUCAUUUAUUCGUAAAAGAGCCCUUGUUAUACACCAGAGAAUUCACACAGGUGAGCGUCCUUAUUCAUGUUCAGAGUGCGGGAAAUCUUUCACUUAUAAAGGAGCCCUUGUUAAACACCAGAGAAUUCACACUGGUGAGUGUCCAUAUUCAUGUUCAGAGUGCGGGAAAUCUUUCACUUAUAAAGGAGCCCUUGUUAAACACCAGAGAAUUCACACAGGUGAGCGUCCAUAUUCAUGUUCAGAGUGCCAGAAAUCAUUUAUUCAUAUAGGAGCCCUUGUUAAACACCAGAGAAUUCACACGGGUGAGCGUCCUUAUUCAUGUUCAGAGUGCGGGAAAUCUUUCACUUAUAAAGGAGCCCUUGUUAAACACCAGAGAAUUCACACGGGUGAGCGUCCUUAUUCAUGUUCAGAGUGCGGGAAAUCUUUCACUUAUAAAAGAGCACUUGUUAUACACCAGAAAAUUCACACUGGUGAGCGUCCUCAUUCAUGUUUAGAGUGCGGGAAAUCAUUCACUGAAAAAGGAGCCCUUGUUAAACACCAGAUAAUUCACACAGGUGAGUGUCCUUAUUCAUGUUCAGAGUGCGGGAAAUCUUAUACUCAGAAAGGAGACCUUGUUAAACACCAGGGAAUUCACACUGGUGAGCGUCCUUAUUCAUGUUCAGAGUGCGGGAAAUCAUUCAUUCAUAAAGGAUCCCUUGUUAAACAUCAGAGAAUUCACACAGGUGAGCGCCCUUAUUCAUGUUCGGAGUGUGUGAAAUCAUUCAUUAAGAAAGGAGACCUUGUUAUACACCAGAGAAUUCACACAGGUGAGCGUCCUUAUUCAUGCUCAGAGUGCGGGAAAUCAUUCACUAGGAAAGGAACCCUUGUUAACCACCAUAAAAUUCACACAGGUGAGCGUCCUUAUUCAUGUUCAGACAACAGCAAAUCACGGCCUAUCUCUAGCCAAGUUUCUCAGCCCCGCAUAAGAACCCAUCAAAACAGCCUCCAGAGUUACCGCCGGGUUAUCCUGAUCCCCUAUAAACCACCACCAGACUGUCACCAGAACCGACGCCCAAUAGUAGGUCUUGAAGCAUGGCAGUCCCAGUCCCCCCUCGGACAAAGGGAGUCGGAGGACUCCCCUAGACACCCGAGGGGUUUUCCCGGCCCAGACAAAAUUGGAAAUAAUUCCUUCCAGUGUGUGAAAAAAGGAGAUGGGAAUCUGGACCGGGGUAUUACGGAAACAGUAAAGAAACUUCAUUUUCAGAAUCGAGCACGAUCCGAGUUCACCACCACACCCAGGUAUCGAAAUUCAGAAACCUGCGUGAGGGGCAAGCCCGGGUCAAGCCGAAGGGGGGACGAGCCCAGCGGGAACAGCAAGGAUUUCCCCCAGUUCACCCGGAGCCCUGAGAAGGAACCAAAGGUGUCUAUUAUGCUUAAAGCCGCUGUCAGGGAAGGCCCUACAUCCCCCAGGAUUCCACACAGGAAGAUCACACCAAUGCUCACCAUGAUCAGUCAUCUGACAUCAUGGAUACUCUUCGUCCUUGUGCUCUCCAAAGGGCAUGUGCUGAAAUAUGUGCUGCUGUUCUUUGCUUCUGUGAGUCCAUGCUGGCGUGAUAAUGCGCCCUCAAGUGGCAGACAACGGGGUGAUGGAACUACCGCCGAGCGGGGGGCACUGACGGGAGGAGGUGGAGGACCCCGAGGCUGGGGCCCAGUAUCGCUGUUCCAGUGGAGGAAGAGGUCGCUGACGGUCCGGUGCUGUGAGAAGCCCACUGUGGCAGAGUGUGGAAAAUGUUUCACUCGUAAAGGUGAUUUUGUUAAACACCAGAGAAUUCACACUGGUGAGCGUCCUUAUUCAUGUUCAGAGUGCUGGAAAUCUUUCCCUAGUAGAUCAGCACUUGUUAAACACCAGAGAAUUCACACAGGUGAGCGGCGUCAUUCAUGUUCAGAGUGCGGGAAAUCAUUCACUGAGAAAGGAGACCUUGUUAUACACCAGAAAAUUCACACUGGUGAGCGUCCUUAUUCAUGUUUUGAGUGCGGAAAAUCAUUCACUCAGAAAGGACAGCUAGUUAGACACCAGAAAAUUCACACUGGUGAGCGUCCUUAUUCUUGUUCAGAGUGCGGGAAAGACUUCAUUCAUAAAGUAUCCCUAGUUCAACACCAGAGAAUACACACUGGUGAGCGUCCUUAUUCUUGUUUAGAGUGCGGGAAAUCUUUCACUUCUAGAGGAGGACUUGUUCAGCACCAGAAAAUUCACACUGGUGAGCGUCCUUAUUUAUGUUCAGAGUGCGGAAAAUAUUUAAUUUAUAAAUUUGCACUUAUUCAACACCAGAAAAUUCACAUAGGUGAGCGUCCUCAUUCAUGUUCAGAGUGCGGGAAAUCAUUCACUCAGAAAGGAUCCCUUGAUAAACACAACAGAAUUCACACGGGUGAGCGUCCUCAUUCAUGUUCAGAGUGCGGUAAAUCUUUCACAGAGAAAGGAGACCUUGUUAAACACCAGAAAAUUCACACAGGUGAGCGUCCUUAUUCAUGUUCAGGGUGCGGGAAAUCGUUCAUUGAUAAAAGAGCCCUUAAUAAACACCAGAGAAUUCACACAGGUGAGCGUCCUUAUUCAUGUUCAGAGUGCGGGAAAUCUUUCAAUCAGAAAGGAUGCCUUGUUAAACACCAGAGAAUUCACACUGGUGAGCGACCUCAUUCAUGUUCAGAGUGCGGUAAAUCUUUCACUCAGAAAGGAGCCCUUGUUAUACACCAGAAAAUUCACACAGGUGAGCGUCCUCAUUCAUGUUCAGAGUGUGGGAAAUCUUUCGCUCAGAAAGGACACCUUGUUAAACACCAGAGAAUUCACACUGGUGAGCGUCCUUUUGCCUGUUCAGAGUGCGGGAAAUCAUACAUUAAGAAAGAAGCCCUUGUUAUACACCAGAGAAUUCACACAGGUGAGCGUCCUUAUUCAUGUUCAGAGUGCGGGAAAUCUUUCACUUGUAAAGAAGUACUUGUUAAACACCAGAAAAUUCACACAGGUGAGCGUCCUUAUUCAUGUUCAGAGUGCGGGAAAUCGUUCAUUCGUAAAAGAGACCUUGUUAGACACCAGAAAAUUCACACGGGUGAGAGUCCUUAUUCAUGCUCAGAGUGCGAGAAAUCUUUCACUUACAAAGAUUCACUUGUUAAACACCAGAAAAUUCACACGGGUGAGAGUCCUUAUUCAUGUUCAGAGUGCGGGAAAUCUUUCAUUCAUAAAGGAGACCUUGUUAUACACCAGAAAAAUCACACUGGUGAGCGUCCUUAUUCAUGUUCAGAGUGCGGGAAAUCUUUCAUUCAUAAAAGAGACCUUGUUAGACACCAGAAAAUUCACACGGGUGAGAGUCCUUAUUCAUGCUCAGAGUGCGAGAAAUCUUUCACUUAUAAAGGAGACCUUGUUAGACACCAGAAAAUUCACACUGGUGAGCAUCCUUAUUCAUGUUCAGAGUGCGGGAAAUCAUUCAUUCAUAAAGGACACCUUGUUACACACCAGAGAAUUCACACAGGUGAGCGUCCUUAUUCAUGUUCAGAGUGCAGGAAAUCAUUCAUCAAUAAAGGAGCCCUUGUUAUACACCAGAGAAUUCACACAGGUGAGCGACCUCAUCCAUGCUCAGAGUGCGGGAAAUCUUUCGCUCAGAAAGGAGCCCUUGUUAAACACCAGAAAAUUCACACAGGUGAGCGUCCUCAUUCAUGUUCAGAGUGUGGGAAAUCUUUCGCUCAGAAAGGAGCCCUUGUUAAACACCAGAAAAUUCACACAGGUGAGCGUCCUUAUUCAUGUUCAGAGUGCGGGAAAUCAUUCAUUCAUAAAGGAGCCCUUGUUAUACACCAGAAAAUUCACACAGGUGAGCGUCCUUAUUCAUGUUCAGAGUGCGGAAAAUCUUUCACUUAUAAAGAAGUACUUGUUAAACACCAGAAAAUUCACACUGGUGAGCGUCCUUAUUCAUGUUCAGAGUGCGGGAAAACUUUCACUUAUAAAGAUUCACUUGUUAAACACCAGAAAAUUCACACUGGUGAGCGUCCUUGUUCAUGUUCAGAGUGCGGGAAAUCAUUCAUUCAUAAAAGAGACCUUGUUACACACCAGAGAAAUCACACUGAUGAGCGUCCUUAUUCAUGUUCAGAGUGCCAGAAAUCAUUCAUACAUAAAGGAGCCCUUGUUAGACACCAGAAAAUUCACACGGGUGAGCGUCCUUAUUCAUGCUCAGAGUGCGGGAAAUCAUUCAUUCAUAAAAGAGACCUUGUUAUACACCAGAGAAUUCACACCGGUGAGCGUCCUUUUUCAUGUUCAGAGUGCGGGAAAUCAUUCAUCAAUAAAGGAGACAUUGGUAAACACCAGAAGAUUCACACAGGUGAGCGACCUCAUUCAUGCUCAGAGUGCGGCAAAUCUUUCACUCAGAAAGGAGACCUUGUUAAACACCAGAGAAUUCACACAGGUGAGCAUCCUCAUUCAUGUUCAGAGUGCGGGAAAUCAUUCAUUCGAAAAGCAUCCCUUGUUACACACCAGAGAAUUCACACAGGUGAGCGUCCUUAUUCAUGUUCAGAGUGCGGGAAAUCUUUCAGUGAUAGAUCAGCAUUUGUUCAACACCGGAAAACUCACACUGGUAUGCAACCUUAUUCAUGUUCACAGUGCGGGAAAUCAUUCACUCAGAAAGCAUACCUUGUUAUACACCAGAGAAGUCACAUGGGUGAGCGUCCUUAUUCAUGUUCAGAGUGCAAAAAAUCUUUCAUUCGCAAAGCAGACUUUGUUAAACACCAGAAGAUUCACACAGGUGAACGACCGCAUUCAUGUUUAGAGUGCGGGAAAUCUUUCACUGAGAAAAGAGACCUUGCUAGACACCAGAAAAUUCACACUGGUGAGCGUCCUUAUUCAUGUUCAGACUGCGGGAAAUCUUUCACUCACAGAGCAGCACGUGUUCAACACCAGAAAAUUCACACAGGUGAACGUCCCUAUUCAUGUUCAGAGUGCGGGAAAUCGUUUACUGAGAAAGGAACCCUUGUUACACACCAGAGAGUUCACACGGGUGAGCGUCCUUUUUCAUGUUCAGACUGCGGAAAAUCUUUCACUCAGAAAGGAGUCCUCCUUAAACACCAGAGAAUUCACACGGGUGAGCAUCCUUAUUCAUGUUCGGAGUGCGGGAAGUCUUUCACUCAAAAAGGAGCAUUUGUUCAACACCAGACAAUUCACACAGGUGAGCAUCCUUUUCCAAGUUUAGAGUGCACAGGUGUGCGAACCUAUUCAUGUUCAGAGUGUUCAAAAAUUUUUAUUCGCAAAGCAGAAUUUGUUCAACACCAGAGAAUUCACACAGGUGAGCGUCCUUAUUCAUGUUCAGAGUGUGGGAAAUCUUUCACUGAGAAAGGACACCUUGUUAAACACCAGAGAAUUCACACAGGUGAGCGCCCUUAUUCAUGUUUAGAGUGCGGGAAAUCUUUCUCUGAUAAAUCAGCACUUCUUCAACACCAGAGAAUUCACACAGGUGAACGUCCUUUUUCAUGUUCAGAGUGCGGGAAAUCUUUCACCCAGAAAGGAUCCCUUAUCCAGCACAAGAAAAUUCACACAGGUGAGCGUCCUUUUUCAUGUUCAGAGUGCGGGAAAUCUUUCACUCAGAAAGGAACCCUUGUCCAGCACCAGAAAAUUCACACUGUUGAACAUCCUUAUUCCAGUUCAGAGUGCACAGGUGUGUGAACCUAUUCAUGUUCAGAGUGUUCAAAAUGUUUCAUUUGCAAAGGAGAAUUUGUUAAACAUCCGAGGAUUCACACAGGUGAGCGCACUUAUUCAUGUUCAGAGUGCGGGAAGUGUCUCACUCAGAAGGGAGUCCUUCUUACACACCAGAAAAUUCACACCGGUGAACGUCCUUAUUCAUGUGGAACUUGCGGAAAAUCUUUCACUCAGAAAGAAACACUUGUUAAACACCAGAGAAUUCACUCGGGUGAGCGUCCUUAUUCAUGUUCAGUGUGCGGGAAAUCUUUCACUCAGAAAGAAACUCUUGUUAAACACCAGAGACUUCAUACGGGUGAACGUCCUUAUUCAUGUUCAGAGUGCGGGAAAUCUUUUACUCAGAAAGGAGCCCUUGUGAAACACCAGAGAAUUCACACAGGUGAGCGUCCUUAUUCAUGUUCAGAGUGCGGGAAAUCUUUUACUCAGAAAGGAGCCCUUGUGAAACAUCAGAGAAUUCACACAGGUGAGCGAUCUUAUGUAUGUUCAGAGUGUGGGAAAGCUUUCACUGAGAAAGGAGACCUUGUCAAACACCAGAAACUUCACAUGGGUGAGCGUCCUUAUUCAUGUUCAGAAUGUGGGAAAUCUUUCACUGAGAAGGGAGCCCUUGGUGAGCACCACAAGAUUCAUACGGGUGAGCGUCCUUAUUCAUGUUCAGAGUGCGGGAAAUGUUUCACUGAGAAAGGAAACCUUGUUAAACACCAGAAAAUUCACACAGGUGAGCGUCCUUAUUCAUGUUCAGACUGUGGAAAAUCUUUCACUGAGAAAGCAAACCUCGUUAAACACCAUACAAUUCAUACAGGUGAGCGUCCAUACUCAUGUUUAGAGUGCGGGAAAUCUUUCACUGAGAAUGGAGCCCUUGGUAAACACCAGAGGAUUCACACAGGUGAACGUCCUUUUUUUUGUGCAGACUGUGGAAAAUCUUUCACUGAGAAAGGAGCCCUUGUUAGGCACCAGAAAAUUCACACAGGUGAGCGUCCUUAUUCAUGUUCAUUCUGUGGAAGAUCUUUCACCGAGAAACAUAUAUUUCUUUCACACCAGAGAAAACAUACUGUGGAUCAUCCUCACUGCUUUCCGGCUGCAGGAAAUGAUUUAGAAAUAAAAGAAGUCUAA